CCCUUCUCUCCCAGUUAUGCCAGAUUUCCCGAGAAGUUGAGGUACACGUCAGAAUGGAACCUGUACUGGUGAGCGGACGUGUACAGUGACCUCAGCAGUUUGUGCGUAUCAGCUGACACACAUUCACAGACGGGAAAACAUGGAACGCGGUUUUUCUCUUGCUGGGCCUUCUUCUAAUCCUCGUAAACGUCAGGUGCGAUUUUCAGCACGUCAUGACAUCCUGCUCCUCCGUGAGGUGAUAGCACAGAACCCCUUCACUUCUAAAGAGUCAGGCCGGAUCUGGGCAAGGGUGGGUGAAAUUAUUACUGCGACCUUACAGGAUGAGAACUUUGAGGUGGAUGGACGCAGAUGCAGGGAGAGAACCAUGCUACUGCUGGAUUAUUAUAAAAAACAGGACUUUGCAAGUCUACGCAGGUUUGGUACGGAACGCCUGUAUGCACAGAAAGAAGACCUUUUACAUGAAGUUCUGGAAUUGGAGGCAGAGAAGAAUCUCCUUUCGAGUGGGGAAAGUAAAUACCAAGAUGAUGAACUCAGGAAGAGAACACUGGAGGAAUUAUCAUCGCCUGAGCCUGACAAAUCCACUGUGCUAUCAGUAACAACAGCUCCCACCACUGUGGUAGCCAGCCCAGAACCUGAGGAGCAGGAGGAGGCUGAGCUCACAGCUCCCACAGCCAAACGGCCAUGUCAGUGCUGCUGCCAGACUUACUCAGAGAUCCUGAGCUUCCUAGAAAAGCGAUUUGAAGCAGAGCAGAGUCUGCGAGAGGAGGAGAUGGCACUGAGAAGAGAAGAGCUAGAAGUCCAGAGGAGUAAGAUUGCCCUGGAUCGGGAGCGUAUCGGAGCAGAAAGAAAAGAACGGGAACGUCGGUUUGAGCUGGAGAGUCAGGAAAGGCAGGUUAUACUGGAUUUGUUAAAAGAGAAGGUCCUAAAAAAUGAACGGAACUCUGACUGAAAUUAGAAAUGUUUAGUUUCAGUCUUUGAUGUUGAACUGUCAUUCCAGCCAAUGUUAUAUUCUGCUUUCCCUGUUUGAAUUUUUAAUAUAAGCCCAUAAUAUUAUAGUUGAUUGUCAUAACAUUGAAUAAAAUAGCUAAAUGCCUGGUGAUAGGUUUGCAUUCAGUAGUUCACCUGGUAAAAUACUGAAUUUUAGUAACUAAAAUAAUAGAUUUGAUGCAGUAUAGGUAUCCUGAGAUAAUUGAAUGUUCGAGAACAAUUGCCUUUUUCUGAUUUUGGAAACCAGUAGCACUAUUGUGCCCUUAAAGAGCUGUACUAGGAGUUACAUAAACAGCCAUUAUUUCUUCUUUAGCAUGACAGGUAUGUUUAAAAUUAAGCUUGAAAAUGAAUGAAAGCCAUUCACACUAAUAUUCUGGAUAAACCCACACAGACUGCAUUGAACUGAAAGCUGUGUGUAAUGAAAGCUGUUAUAACUGUGAUACAAAAAAUAAUUAAUGAACAAUAAUUAAAUAAAUGAUAGUAAAUAAAUAAAACAUAGCAAUACAUGAAAAUAACAAAGUUGACAGUUCGUCUAACCCUUGCAUGCUCUUUAAAACUUUUUCCUCCUUCUCCACCAUCAUCAGCUUUAACAGCUGACAAUUUUGCCACAUUCUUCAUUUAUAAAACCAUAAGUGCACUUCUCUUCUCUGUUUGCAUGGCAUCUCUACUGUAGGUUCUGUCAUUCAGAAACAUGGCUUUUCAUAUCACUGCUAUGCUGAUGACACUCACCUCUACCUCUCAUUCCAUCCUGAUUAUCCGACAAUAGCUGCACGCAUCUCAGCUUGUCAUCACCUUCAACUCAACCUUGCCAACACAGAACUGCUUGUAGUUCCAUCAAAACCCUUGUUUCAUCACAAUUUCACCAUCCAGUGAUGCACAUCAAUCAUAACUCCUUCAAAAACAGCCAGAAACAGAGUUAUGAUUGAUGAUGAGCUGACUUUCUCAGAUCACAUUGCUAAAACUUCCCGGCCCUUCAGAUUUGCUUUAUUCAACAUCAAGAAGAUCAGGUCCUUUCUUUCGGCACAUAAUUCACAACUUUUUGUUCAAGCUCUUGUUCUAUCCAAGCUGGACUAUUGCAAUGCUUUCUUGGCAGGUCUUCCAGCCAGUUCUCUCAAACCUUUACAAUGAAUCCAGAAUGUGGAGGCAAGAUACAUUUUUAAUGAACCGAAAAGAAUGCACGUCACACGUCUGUUGGCUACCAAUAGCUGCUUGCAUAAAAUUCAAAGCAUUAAUGAUUGCCUACAAAACCACCACUGACUUUUCACCCCUUUACCAUCAGUUUAAUUUUUUCCCAAAUUCCAUUUUAGUUUUUUCCAAAUCCCAUUUUUUCUGUUUUCAUUUUUCUGGAUUCCGUUUUUUUUUUUUUUUCUAUUAAAUAGACUUUUUUAAUGGUUAAAUUAAAUGUAAGUAAUCAAAAAGCAUCUCUAAUUAUUUUUAAAAUCAGGAAAUAUUUGAAGUAUGCAUUUUCACAUCAAUUUAUUAAAAGUUUAACAAAAAUUAUAUUUUUAGAGCCCUAUGAAAAGUUUUUUCUUCACCAUGUUUAAUUGUUAACUAACUCUGUGUUUUAACAUGUCUAAUUAUUUAAAUGCAUAACUUAAUUUAUUCAAUUUUUUCUUAAAGUAGCCUUAUGAAAUGUUUUUUUUUUUUUUUUUUUGUCCCCCUCAGGAAUCCUGUUGUGUUUUUACAUUUUUCUAGUUCCAAAUGAAGACAUAAAACAUUUAAUUUCUAUUUUAAAUACUGAAAAUUAAGCAAACUUUAUGUUUUGGUAAACAAAGGGGAUUUACUAUUAAAAUUAAAACAUGGAAAAAAUGUUGAUUGAUUUUUCCUUAAAAAUAAUGUUUGUUUAUUUUUAGUAGUAGUAGGAUGUAGAUUCUGCUGAAUAAUAGUAAUACAUUUCUGGCAAAUACUUUUCUUUAAACUAAACCAGACCUUUAUUUUGACGGGGUGCCGUGAAAACAAUUACAGUUCUGUGUAUGUGAUAUGAUGCUAGUUUUACUCAAAUCAAACAGUCAAAUGCUCAUGAAGUCACUCUCAGAAAAGUUCUGGAGAUGUCCUCAUGUGUUCAUAUCCUUAUUUAGAGAGACAGCAGACGCUGAAAUCACCGCGAGCAUCAUGUGCACUUCCAUGUGUGUAAUAGACUGCGCUUCUGCACCAUUCAUUAACAAAGACAUGCAGAACAUGCAGGAUUCAUAUUUAAAUCGACUUUUCUGGCUUCAUAUUUACAGAUACCACUCCAUAUCGUGAUUUGAUUUAAAUGUAAUGACCUACUUUUUAUUAACUCAUUAAAAAUUUGACAAAUACCAUGACAUUUCGCGUUAAACUGUGAAUUCCAUUUUUAAUGACUGGAUUCCGCAAUUCAGUCCACAUUUUCUGCAUCGUGAGAUCAUAGGGCCCUUAUUGUGCCAUCUCAAAGAGGCACAAAAUCACUUUCACUGACUUAUAAAUUAAAUGUUCCUUCCUGGUGGAAUGACCUGCCAAGCAUAAUCAAGCAUAAUCUGAGCAGCUGAGUCCUUGGCCAUCUUCAUCUCUUCCAUCUAUAUUUGACCCUCUAACUUUAGCACUCUCUAUUCUAAUUCUAUUCUUAAAAAAAAAAACUGCCCCUUUUAGCCCCUUCUAUUCAUUUACUAAGUGUUUGUUUUCUUGGAAAAAAAGCCCUCUAACACCAGCAUUCUCUGUUCUUUUUCUAUUCUAUCUGUUUUCUUUUUAUUUAUUAUAUAAUAAAAAUAAAACCUUGCUAUGUGCACUGCAUUAAGCUGACUGAGACUUGUUAUAGCACUUGCAUAUCUUUGCUCUUUUGUUUAUUUUAACUGCUUCCAUUGUUCUCAUUUGUAAGUAGCUUUGGAUAAAAAGUGUCUGCUAAAUGACUAAAUGUAAAUGUAAUGUAAAUGAUACCAGAAUAAGUCUUAUUCAUUAAGUGUAACAUGGCUGGCUAGCGAGCUAAGAUUCCAACAGCACUUUUCAGAGUUAAGUAGCUAAGAUUCCUACAGCACUUUUCAGAGUUUCUCUGAAACUAAACAGCCAAAAUAAGUUAACGGACUUCAAUUUUAUUAAGUGGAUCAUUAGGUUCGUCAAAUGUAAAUUUUUGCUAGAAAACUAGAAAACAUACAAAGUGUAAAACUACACACAGGUUAUUCGCUUGAGGAGUAAUUACAAAACGUGUCUUGUUCAUAUAAUAGCAUUAGCAACAGCAAACAGUUUUUCUAGUUUAUGUAUGUGAGAAAAUAACAGCAAGCAUCACAGAUUUAAAAUAGUAAAGUGAAUUGGGGGUUAUCUUAUUUUUCCAAAAUCACCAGUGCUUUUGAUAUCUUCUGUAGGCAUUCAUUUAUACAUUUACCAUGAACGGAUCAUUUUUAGGUGCAAACCUCACUAGUGGGGUCGGUUUGCAGUUGGCGUUUCACAGUUGUUUACACUUUAAGUAAAAGGUGAACCCAUAUAACUGCCUUUCAUAAAUGUCAUACAGGUGCUUCUCAAUAAAUUAGAAGGUCUUGGAAAAGUUAAUUUAUUUCGUUAAUACAACUCAAAUUGUGAAACUUGUUUAUUAAAUAAAUUCAAUGCACUCAGA